AUGAUCGAAGAAAAAUCCAGAGUUCUACUGAAAAAUGAGAAGCUAAACUUUCACUUCGUUGUUGGACAAGAGACGGCCUUCACAGCUUGUGGUUUCUUUAAUGUUGAUAUGUCGUUAAUAUGUUCUAUGAUUUCCGCUGCGACUACUUACCUUGUGAUUGUACUGCAAUACAGUUCUGACAACUAUCCUGUUGUAACAAACUCAACAACAGUUUCACCCUAA